AUGUCAUCUGAAAAAAACUUUGAAGAUAUUGUAAAAAAAGUUAUAGAUCUUUACAGAGAUGACCAAUUAGAAUCCGCUUAUUUGUUAGCAAAAGAAAAUAUUGAAAAAAUUCCGUCAAAUCACAUAUUUUAUGAUAGUAUCAUUUUUUAUUUCUCUUUAACUAUUUUAAAAUUGAAGAAAGAUGAAGAAAUCGCUAAAGUCUAUGAAUAUAAAGAUUAUUUUGAAAUGUCAUCUAAGUAUUCAAAAACCAAAGAAAAAAGAAAUAUCACUAACAAAUUUUUUUGUGAACUUUUUGAUGAAAUUUCACAUUAUGAAUCAGAAAGAUCAGAAAGUCUUAUAUUUGAUACCGAACAUGCAUUUGAUGAAGAAAAACAAGAUACUAAAAUAUUAGCUAACGAAAUCGAAAACGAACUAUCAGAAAGAUUAUUUUCAUCUAUUGAACAAAUCUAA